AUGUUUUUUCUCAAAGAACUCGAGAAGACGAUUCAGCUGCACCCGUCGUACUUUGGUCCUCUCAUUCGCCAGCAUAUCCACCGCGAACUGUUGCAGAAAGAGGAGGGAUCGAGUACUGGAAAGUAUACUAUUGUGUGCAUCUUGGACUCGUUUGACAUAUCCGAUGGCAAAGUCAUGCCUGGCUCCGGCUCCGCUGAAUACGUUGUACAUUACAAGGCAGUUGUGUGGAGGCCGUACAAAGGCGAGGUGAUGGAUGGCAUCGUCACCUCAGUACUCCGCACAGGUUUCUUCGUAGACUGUGGGUCUUUGCAAGCAUUCGUAGGACGAAGUAUGAUCCCUGCCGAGAUCAAGUUCGACGCGAACGCCACACCGCCGCAAUGGACCGACGACGGAGAACAGGUUAUUGAAAAGGGCACCAACAUCCGCAUCAAGAUCAAGGGUCUGAGAUCUGAAGUUGAUAAGAUGUACGCUGUAGGCACAAUGAAGGAGGAUUACCUUGGCCCACUGCCGUCUUAG